CAGCGGAACAGUCGAUGAGGGCGGAGUGGGCGGAUAAAAAGUUAGGACCGAGGAUGACGUCAUUGGAAGAGUGGGCCAGGACGGUGAACAAAACAGAAGUUUGACGGCCGGCAACACUGACACGUGCGUUACAGAGGCCAGCUACGGGAGGCAUACCACCAUCGGCCACACGUACAACAGAUGAUGGGGCAGGGAUCAUAACUUUCUUCAACUGCUGACGGAGGCGUGUCCUCGCCGCGGACGCUGUCCCUGUCCGGCCGGCCGCUGCCCAACCCCCGCCAGGUGUCCAACGCCCUGUGGGACCUGCGAGCAGCACCGGGGGCCACCUACUCGCACCGACACACGCACCUGGUCAUGGCAUUCGGACAGCUCGUCGACCACGACCUGGCACUGACACCCGACGCCAGAGGAGUCAACGGGUCCCUGCUGCAGUGCUGUGGCGACGGGGGCGAAAGGUCACCGUCCUGCUUCCCGGUCAGCGUGGCCAGCGACGACUCCUUCUACGGACCGCUGUCGGUUCCCUGCAUGAACUUCGUCCGUUCCUCGGGGUGCAGCGACUGCAGCGGCGUCAUGCACGAGCGUCGCUUCGUGAACCAGCAGAGUGCCUACUUGGACGCCUCGCACGUGUACGGCACGAAUCAGGUGGAGCACGACACGCUCAGGGACCCCGAGGGCAAGGAGCUGAUGCUUCUCUCCGAAGGCCGCCUCCUGCCUCGCAGCCUGCGGCCCGACCGCGACGGGUGCAGUGACCCCGAGACGGCAAGCUUCUGCUUCCGAGCCGGCGACGGCAGGGUCAACCAGCAGCCGGCCAUCGCCGUGUUGCAGAUAGUGUACGCCCGCCAGCACAACCGCAUCGCCCGGGAACUGAAGAAGCUGAACCCCGACUGGGACGCCGAGACUGUGUACCAGGAGGCCAGGCGCUGUCUAGUGGCUCAGCACCAGCACAUCAUCUAUGCCGAGUACCUGCCCGUGCUGCUGGGUCGCCGGUUCCCGCCGAUCCCAGGUCGGCGCAGCCGCUACGACCCCCAGCGUGACCCAUCGCUGCUGGUGGAGUUCGCGACGGCCGCGUUCCGUUUCGGACACGGCAUGGCCGACCACUACUCCCUAGUGGACGAGCACUUCCGGGGCACCGUCUACUCGCUGGCUGACCACUACUUUCUGGUGGGCGAACUGCACGACAAGGGCACGGUGGACCAGCUCAUCCGCGGCAUGGCCCUCCAGCGUGCGCGCGUGCCCAGUCCGGCGCUGGCGGACGCCGUGCGCGAGCACCUGUACCGGAACGCGAGCAGCCAGGCGGGCCUGGACCUGGCCUCGCUCAACGUGCAGCGGGGCAGGGACCACGCGAUACCCGGAUACGCGUUCUGGCUGCGCCGCUGCCUGGGACGACGGGUGCAUGACUUCGCGGACCUGUACGCCUUCAUGGAACCUCGCCGGGCACAGCUUCUCGCGGAGCUAUACGAGAGCCCCGACGACGUCGACCUGUGGGUUGGUGGCCUGAUGGAGCGGCCCGCGCACCCGGACGCCUUGGUGGGUCCCACCUUCGCCUGCAUCAUCGCGCGCCAGUUCCGCGGAUUCCAGGAAGGGGACCGCUACUUCUACAGCCACGGAGGACCCAUGGCUCUCACGGAUGCGCAACUUCUGCAGGUUUCGCAGUUCAGCCUGGCCAAGCUUCUGUGCGCCAACGCGGACGAGCCGCACCGGAUGGUGGUGCAGAGGCACGCGCUCCUCAGGCCCGACGCCGCCUCGAACCCACUGACCCCGUGUGACCAUCUCCCGGACACGGACCUGAGGUACUGGACGAGGGCGUCCGCCAUGGGGCGGGACCGCUAGUUCGGGGCCCUGCGUCCAUUGGCUGUCGCCCGCAGCGACA